AUGGCAACCUCCCCGUCCGAAGGCGCGCCUUCUUCGCCCGAACAAUCUCUCCAAAACCAGCACCGUGCGUCGCUUGGUUUUCUCCGCCGCGCCAAAUCCACCGAGCCUCUCGCCGAGAACCGCAAAUCUUUUGCACGCAAGCGGAUGUCCAAGGCUCAAAUGAUGGAGGAGGAAAUGCGCCGCCAGCGCGAGUCGUACGCGCCCAAAGUUCCUCCCCGCCUCCCCGAUCUAUCCCCCACCCCGCAGCUGGAGACCUUUGGAGGCGAGGACGGGACACCCUGGGAGUCCAGGGGUCCAUUCCUCGCCCUCACUCUGGCGUUUCCAUCAAGAUCGGAGAGCAUGACCCACCGCGGCCGCUACAGUUACGCCAGUAGCGCUCUCAGCACGGUCAACAGCCCCCGUCGUGUCCGCCGCCGCAAGGAUCCCACUCCGUACAAUGUAUUGGUCGUCGGCGCUAGGAACUCCGGUAAAACUGAGUUCCUCAACUUCCUCCGCAAGGCCUUGACCAUGCCCGCCCACAAGCACCCCACCCGAACCCCUGAAGAGCUCGAGGAACUGCAGCAUCAAACCUCUACCUACGAAGGCUUCACCUCGCAGUAUCUUGAAACCGAAAUUGACGGCGAGCGCGUCGGCCUGACUCUGUGGGACUCUAACGGCCUCGAACGCAACAUCGUGGACCUGCAGAUGCGCGGCGUGACUGGCUUCUUGGAGAGCAAGUCGUGCGCUCCCCCCGGUGCUCGCGAUACUCAUAUUCACUGUACUUUCCUUCUCCUCGACCCUGUCCGCCUAGACGAAAACUUUGCCGCUGCAGAGCGGGCGCGCAACGGCAAGCGCAAGGAAACCGACACUCCUGUGACUGGUAUUCUGGACCACCAUCUUGACCUGGAUGUACUGCGCACUAUGCUCGGUAAGACGACCGUGGUUCCGGUCAUCAGUAAGGCGGAUACAAUCACCUCUGCUCACAUGAGUUACCUCCGCAAGGCAGUUUGGGAGAGUUUGAAAGAAGCCAACCUCGACCCUUUGGAGAUCCUGACUCUCGAGGAUCCAGAGGAAGAGGAGGAGUACACCGAUUCGGAGAGUGUGGAGGAUGAAGAUGUACAAGAAGAAGCCGACCCGACGGGGCUCACCGAGCCUGAGACUACUGCAAAUGCCGAGACUAAGGGAGCCAAGGAGGAAUCUGAAGCUCCUAAGGAGAGCGAAGCUGAAGCGAAGGAUGGGGAUGCCGAGGAGCCCAAGAAGGCCAAGGAGGAAGAAGCUGAGGCCAAGGAAGUCAAAACUGAGCAACCCGCUCCUGCGCAAGAAGUUCCCGAGUCGCCCAAGGCUGCGCCCGCCAACCCACAUGUUCCUUUCUCUAUUCUCUCCCCGGACCCUCACUCUCUUUCGUCCGGAGAAGAGCCUCUUGGUCGACGGUUCCCCUGGGGGUUUGCCGACCCUUACAAUGCUGAACAUUGCGACUUUGUACGCCUGAAGGACUCGGUCUUCCAGGAAUGGCGCUCGGAGCUGCGUGAGGCCAGCCGUGUGAUAUGGUACGAGCGCUGGAGAACCAACCGCCUUAAGAGCAAUGGACAGCCUGCGCCAGCCCCCCCGCCAGACUUAUGGAGGCCGCCUGGGACCUUCUCGUGA